AUGCGCCACAGUGGCCGGGCCCCCCCCCGAGCCCGCGAGCCGACCGCAGACCGACAGGAGCUCUCCAAGGAGGAAAAGCUGCAGUUGCGGAAGGAGAAGAAGCAGCAGAAGAAGAAGCGGAGAGAUGAGAAGGGGCAGCCAGCUGAGUUCUCCACCCCUGGGCACCCGCAGGCCCAGCUGCCAGGGGCUGUGCCCCCCAUGCUGGCCCCAGUGCCCAGCGAGAGCCUGGCCGGCAGCGAGAAGCUGGCGGGGGGGAAGACCAAGGCGGAGCUGCGAGCAGAGCGCCGGGCCAAGCAGGAGGCCGACCGCUCCCUGAAACAAACCAAGAAAGUGGAGUCGACCCUGGCAACUGUGCUGGCCAAGCCCAGACUGCAGCCCAGCGAGCCCCAGUCGACGGUGAAACGGGUGCCGGAGCACGUGCAGGUGGACGACCCAGCAGCACAGAGGAGACUGGCGAAGAAGCUGGAACGGCAGCAGGUUCCUCUGAGGCCAGACUAUGGUGCCAAAGUCAACCUCUUCUCCCACUUGCACCAGUACAGCCGGAAGAUGCCACUGACUCAGCAGAUGAGCAUCCCCUCCACGGCGAUCCAUCCGGCUGUGGUGCAGCUCGGCCUGCAGUAUUCCCAGGGGCUGCUGAACGGCUCCAACGCGCGCUGCCUCGCCCUGCUGCAAGUCUUCAGACAGGUGAUCCGGGAUUACUCAACGCCACCCAGUGAGGAGCUCUCGCGAGACCUGGUGGCCAGGCUGAAGCCCUACAUCAGUUUCCUGAACCAGUGCCGGCCCCUCUCCGCCAGCAUGGGCAAUGCCAUUAAGUACCUCAAGAAGGAGAUCUCAGGCCUGUCCAGCACCCUGAGAGAGGAGGAGAGCCCUGGACCAAGCCAUCUUUUUACAGAGAAUAUCAAAGUGGAUCACACGCUGUACCUGGUGGCGUUACCAGCUGGCUGGUGCACCUCCCCGCUGGCUCACUCCCGUCUGCUUCAGACACAUGCCAGUAUCAGAGAUCUGCAAGCGAAGGGGAAACUGCAGGGCAGCAUCGAUGGAUAUGUGAGGGAGAAGAUCCAGCUGGCAGCUGAAGCUAUCUCCAAAUAUGCCUUUGAGAAGAUCAGUGAUGGUGAUGUCAUCCUGGUGUAUGGAUGCUCCUCCUUAGUGAACCGUACACUGUGUGACGCCCAUGCCAACGGUCGUGCCUUCCGGGUGAUCGUGGUGGACAGUCGGCCGCGGUUGGAGGGCCGGGACACACUACGCAGGCUGGUGUGCAAGGGCAUCCGCUGCACCUACGUCAUGAUCACUGCCAUCUCCUACAUGCUGCCCGAGGUCUCCAAGGUGUUGCUGGGGGCUCACGCGCUGCUGGCCAAUGGCUCUGUCAUGUCCCGGGUGGGGACAUCCCAGAUCGCGUUGGUGUCCAAGGCCUACAACGUGCCUGUGUUGGUGUGCUGUGAGACCUACAAGUUCUGUGAGCGGGUGCAGACGGACUCCUUUGUCUCCAAUGAGCUGGAUGACCCCGAUGAUCUGAUCGUGUCCGGGAAGGGAGGAGCCCAUCUGCGUGGCUGGAAGGAAAACUCGUCCCUGCGCCUUCUCAAUCUGGUCUAUGACGUGACCCCUCCCGAGCUAGUGGACCUGGUGAUCACAGACUUGGGCAUGAUCCCAUGCACCUCAGUGCCCGUCGUCCUGCGUGUCAAGAAUGUGGAACAGUAGUGGGUGGGAUGGGGGCUGCAUGGACCCUCAAUAAACCCUGCUGAUCUCA